AUGCUCUCAUAGUCUCACAGUUUGUUGCUCUUCCAAAAGAAAGUGUGGUCCAUCAUGCCCUAGUUUUCUUUUCUUUAGCUUCUUCAUCGUAUUAGAUCCUAUAACUUUCCUGCUUUUUAGUCAUUUCUCAUAUCUUCUUAUAUAUAUUAAGAUUCACAAGAACUGAGAAGAAAUUAAAAGAAAUGGAAUGGACAACGACAAGAAACGUAGAAGACGUGAGAAUUGCUUUCAUGACGCCGCCAUGGCCGGAGUCGAGUUCCUUCAACUCGCUCCAUAGCUCCAGUUAUGAUCCUUAUGCAGGAAGUUCAUACGCACCGGCAGAUACGCAACUCGGGCCGGUCACCUCUGUACCGGAAUCAGAAAAGAUAAUCAGUGCGUACCAGUUUUCGAGCAACAACAACGAGAUGAUAAAGAAGAAGAGACUAACGAGUGGACAAUUAGCUUCACUUGAACGGAGUUUUCAAGAAGAGAUCAAACUAGAUUCAGACAGGAAGCUGAAGCUGUCGAGAGAGCUUGGUUUGCAGCCACGUCAGAUAGCAGUUUGGUUCCAGAACCGCCGUGCAAGAUGGAAGGCGAAGCAGCUCGAGCAGCUAUACGAUUCGCUUAGGCAAGAGUACGACGUUGUUUCUAGAGAGAAGCAGAUGCUGCACGAGGAGGUUAGGAAGCUAAGAGCUCUGCUAAGAGACCAUGGAUUGAUCAAGAAACAGAUCCCCGGUGGGGAAAACACGACGGAGAUUCCAUCGGUGGUGAUAGCUCAUCCAGGAGCAGAAAAUUUAAACAACAAUCAAAUCAGUGGAGAAAAUCAAAUUUACGGUAUUGAUCAAUACAACAACCCGAUGCUCAUCGUUUCCUCUUGCUGGCCCCCUUUCCCUUAAUCACUGUUGCUUAUCUUAGACAGAGCUUCAGAUUGGGCAGGGACAUUAAAGUGGUGUUACACUAAGACAAGCUUUAUUUUUGUAUUAUUGCACUUUCUUAAAACAUAAAUGGAACGUUCCUGUGUCACAAGCCAAAAGGAUAAUCAUUCCACAGUAGUUAUUGACUUAU